AUGGCUAAAUGGGGAAUACAAGUUUCUAGGAACUGUGUACUAUGCAGAACUGAUGCUGAAGAAACACAUUCACAUUUGUUUUUUGCUUGUGAUUAUUCAAGACAGAUUUGGAGUUCUUUCUUAUCCCGGACAGGAGAAAGCAGUCAAGUAGGGAACUGGGAGGAGGAGAUUGAGAGAUUAGCGACUAAACAAUGCAAUAGCAAAACUCAUGCAGAGGUACUAGGAUGGUUACUAGCUGCUACUGUUUAUCAUGUGUGGAAGGAGCGCAAUGCUAGACGAUUUCAAGAGCAGCAACAGGAAUGUGUCUCAAGACUGAGAGAGAUUACCAUUCAAUUACAUAGGAAAGAACAGUUUAGAAACAAGUGGAAAAGAGUACUUGAUAGAUUAAACUCAUACCCAAGUCUAAUAUAG